AUGAAAUGUUUAAUUAUUGUAGAUUCAAUUAAAGAUGAAACCCUGUAUUCAGAAUAUGAUAUUGAAACAUUAGGUGUUAAUAUAAAAGCAGUAAUUCAUUUCAUUCAAAUGAAUAUUGGUGAAAAACCAACAUUUUUUCAAGCAAAUAAACAUAGAUUCGUUUUUCAAUAUAAUGAAAACAUUUGGUUUAUUUUAGUAUCAAAUGAUGAUGAUUCAGAAAUAUUAUUAAGACAUAGAUUAUAUUUAUUAAAUGGAUUAUUUUCAAUGAUAUUAGGAUCAACAUUAGCUGAAAAGAAUUCAUCAAAAUUUAAUCAAUUAAGAAAAUUAAAGAGAAAGAUGUCACAAAUUUCAUCAACUGUUAAUACAAUGUUUGAUGAAUCACAAAGUGUAUUAGCACAAGCUUAUGAAUCAUUGGAAUUGAAUUCAGGUAUUAGAGAGCGCUGUAAAAAGACAUUAAAAGAGCUAUUGGAUACAACACCAGAAUCAUCAUAUGCUCUAUUAUUCGUUGGUACUAAACUUGCUGCUCAUAAUGUAAAACCAAAAGAAAAACAUCUUUUAAACCAUUUCGAUAUAUUCUUAUUAUCAAUUUAUAUUCAAAUUCAAUUAUACCCAAGAGCUAUUGAAAAAGUUAAAGUUAAAUCACAAUCAAAUGAAGAAGAACAACAACAACCUCAAUCAACUUCCUCACCAAUAACUCAAGAAAUUUCUUCAUUUGAAGAAAUCCCUUCAAUGGAAUUAAAUUAUAAUAAUAAUUGUAAUGAUAAUGAUAAUAAAAAUAUUAAUAAUAAUAAUAAUAAUAAUAGUAAUAAUAGUAGUAAUAAUAAUAGUAAUAUCAAUAGUAAUAGUAGUAAUAAUAAUCAUAAUCAUAAUGGAGGCCAUGGUGGUAGUGUAAGAAGAAGUAGUAGAUUUGAAGGAUCAUUAGAUAGAACAAUAGGUAUUUCAUCACAUCAAGAUGAAAAUAGUCCAGAAGAGGAUAAUUAUGAAACAGCUCCUGAAGAUUUCGAUGAGCCAUUAUACUUUUUAUCAAGUCCAUUUUUAGAUCAAUUAUUAGAAGAAUCAAGUACUUCUUCUAAUACAACAACAAUGACAACAACAACCACUACUACUACCAAUACAACCACUUCCUCCACUACAGUUACUAAUGCAACAAAAAUAAUACCAUCACCAACAUCAUCAACAACAUCAAUAUCUUCAUCAGUAUCAUCAGUAUCAUCAUUAUUAUCAAUGCCAAUUAAUAGUAAAAGAAAUAGACAUCAUAAUUUAUUGAUUGAACAAUUGAGAGAAGGAUUAAAGAGUUCAACAACUGGUGAUGCUGUUUCUUUAUUAAAUUAUUCAUUAUAUUCAAUUGGUUAUUUGGAUGAAUAUAAUCAUUCAACUAGAGAAAUCUAUACUUCAAUUACAGAAUCUGCAAUUAGAAAAUUCCAAGAGGAUAAUAAUAUACCAAUGACAGGUGUUGCUGAUUUUAGUACAAUUCGAUUAAUUCUAUGUAGAGUUAGAAUAUCCGAUCCAAAUAUACUAAAACGUAGAUCUCUAGCAUAUAGUGAUAAUGAUCUUGGUUCAUUUAGAGAUAUCUCCCUUAAAGAUAGGGAUAAUAGUAUUGGUAAAGAUUCUUCAACUUCUUCUUCUCCUUCAGCAACUAAUGAUCAAUCUUCAACAAUUAAACAAUCAUCAAGACGUAAUAAUACAUCAACAAAUAAAAAUAUAAAUGAUAAUAGCAAUAAUAAUAAUAGUAAUAGUAAUAGUAAUAGUAAUAGUAAUAGUAAUAGUAAUAGUAAUAGUAAUAGUAAUAGUAAUAGUAAUAGUAAUAGUAAUAAUAACGAUAAUAUUAAUACUGAUAAUAAAAAUGAAAUUAAUAAUAUAAAUGAAAAUAAUAGUAAUACCAACAAAGACAACAACAAUAAUAAUAAUAAUAAUAAUGAUAGUAGUAAUAAUACCAAUAAUAUAAACAACAAUAGUAAUAAUAAUAAUAAUAAUAAUAAUAAUAAUAAUAAUAAUAAUAAUAAUAAUAAUAAUAAUAAUAAUAAUAAUAAUAAUAAUAAUAAUAAUAAUAAUAAUAAUAAUAAUAAUAAUAAUAAUAAUAAUAAUAAUAAUUUAAAUGAUGAAAAUAAUAAUGAAAAUCAAUAUAAUACAGCACAAUCAACAUAUGAACAAAUUAAUCUUAGACUUGGUAAUGGUGUAAUGACAGUUUAUGCAUUUUGUGGAGAAGUUAGUGAAAAUAUCUUUUUAAUUGUAAUUAAUAAGAAUGCUAAUAAUAACAAUAAUAAUAAGGUUAGAGAUGUUAAUCAAGAGAGAGAGAAAUUAGAAUACUCUAAACAAUUGGUUCGUAAUAGUAUUAGUAUACAAUUUGGUUCCUUUUUAUUAGCAAAAGAAAAGAGUAAUAUUGCAAUCUCAAGAUUCUUUCAUAUACCUGGCAUUGUUCAUUUCCUUUUAAUAGAUAGAGCUAAUCAUCGUAUAAGAGCACCUGUAAUAUCCCCAGAUUUAAUACCAUUCCAAAGAAAUAAUAAAAAUAAUCCUAUGAAUAUGAGUUUUAAUUUAGGUUCUGAUAGUUAUAAUAAUAGCAACAACAACCACAACAACAACAGCUAUCAUUAUCAAGGUAAUAAUGUUGGUGGUAUCAAUUUCGAUAGUAUCAAUAUUAAUAUAGAUCCAAAUAAUGAACAAUCAAUUUCAGAUACUCAAAAUGGUAUGGUUAGAUUUUUAAAGAAAAAGAUUUGGACAAUGUACAGUUAUUGCUGUCAACAGUUAUGUCGUGGUAAUCAUUAUAUGAUUUGGAAUGAUAAAGAUUUUCAAUACAGUUAUAGACUUUGGAUUGCCGAUGAUGAAAAUAAUGAACAUAAGUUGGACCAUUCCGUAUCAUUAAGAUUAAAUCAAAAAUCAUUUUAUGCUGACCUUUUAAAAAAUUCUUUCCCUCAUUCUUCAAAAAUGAAAUGUUAUGAACUAUUAAUCCUUUAUAUCGGUGUUUUACCAAUCUCAAUGGUUUCAAAGAAUGAUAAAGCAUUAUAUCAUUUAUUAUUUGAAAUGGAUGAAUAA